GUCAAAGAACCUCUGCCAGAAGCAUUCCUGUGGUUCAUCUUCCUUCGUCUGGCCAAGGCCACUUUCGCCAUGGAUGAAGUGACACGGACGAGUGAAUCCGGUUCAGUGAUCAUUCAUAACGACAUCAAGCCGGACAAUAUCUUCCUAGGUCAUCCUGGUUCGAUGGGUGAAGACCUGGAUUUUGGAGACUUUGGUAUAUCAGUUAUAGCCUCCAAGUUCAACCAGGAGUCUGGCGGCGGCCCACCGGAGUGGUAUUCUCCCGAGAAGGCUAUUUACAAGGAGGAAGGCUUGUAUAUGUAUUCACACACGAAAAUAUGGCAACUGGGUCUUGUCAUGUUGUGCGUAAUGGCCGCAGAUACAUCCCACGAUGAGACCAUAUCACAGAUCGAGGAAGGGAGGCAGAGUCUCUUCGAAAAAGCAGAAUCUGCUGGUUAUAGUUUGGAACUGCGAGAUCUUAUCGAUGUGUGUCUCGAUGAAGCUCCUUCCGAGCGACCGACACCUCGAGAGCUUGUAUCAAUCAUCGAGGACUACAUAGGUGUUCACACCAGGAACAUGCGGCGAUGGGGUACCAAAAGCUGA